GAUGUAUCGAUAUAAUAUCGAUGUUCCUCCAGCUGUAGCUGUCAUAUUCGAGACCGAUAUUUUUCGCCCAGAAAACUGUUCACCUUUUGCUAAAUCUUAAAAAUAAACCCAAGCAAGAUGAUGAACCUGUCGAGAGCUGUUGUCCGUAGCUUCGCUACCACCGCCGGCCGCCGGUCCGCCGCCGUGCCCAAGGAGCAGAUUGAGAAGGGAUACUUCGAGAUCCGCAAGGUCCAGGACCACUUCCAGAAGAAGGACGGCAAGCCCGUUUUCCUGAAGGGAUCCGCCGUGGACAACGUGCUCUACCGUCUCACCGUGGCCCUCGCCCUCGUCGGAAUCGGCGGCAUGGGCAAGCUCUUCUACGAUCUGAGUGUUCCCAAGAAGGAGUAAAGCGGAGUUCCGAUACCUAAGCUAAGCCACUUAUCCCCGCGCAAGAUCCGUGAUUCAGUGUAGUCGCCUUAUAUUUCGAUGUUUU